UUUUGCAAUUUUCACAAAAGUUUAAAACCUUAGGAUAGAGCCUUAACUUAUAAUUUAAUUAUUAACUGAAAUGGUCUCGUCAUUGAGCCACAUAGAUACAACAAAAAAUGAAAGUAUUUAAAUGCAUCCUGUUGGUUUGUCCAGCUGUAGCUCAGCGUGAGCGUGUUUUCCGCCAAUCAGCGCCCUCCGUGUGCGUGACGUCACCGCAGGAGGACGAGCGCAGCCGCGGGAGUGUUUGCAGACUUUCCUCACGUUGAGUUUAGUUUCCCGCAGCAGUAAACAUGACAUCACCGCCAUCCUGAGGCGCAUGCGGUCUGUCCCCACGAACAAGGUGUGUUUUGACUGCUCUGUGAAGAACCCCAGCUGGGCAGCGUCACACAUGGUGUCUUUCUCUGCAUUGACUGCUCAGGGACACACCGCUCACUGGGAGUUCACCUGUCCUUCAUCAGGUGGGUCUGGUCGCUCAGAAGGUCAGCAGUCAGAGCUUCAGUGUCUCCGGCCGUAGACAGACUGCAGGAGGAGAGGAGCUCACAGACCAGUAGCACUGAGCCCCAGUGAGAGAUAGAGAGAGAGACCUGCAGGUCAGUCCUCACGGGUGUCUGCUCGACCUGUGUGUGUGUGUCUGUGUGUGCAGACUGUGGUCUCUAAGCCGUGUUUACCAGAGUCUGGAGGGUAAGGAGCAGGCGGAGCGGAUCUGCAUGGGCUUCAGCGGAUGCAGUGAGACGUGAGUGUGGGCAGGGUUUGUGAGGAGGAAGGAGCCGCAGGCCGUCUCUGAUGAUGCUCAGAGGAAGUUCGGCGAUGCCAGAGCUAUUUCAUCAGACAUGUUCGGGCAGCAGGACCACUCCGAGGUGACACGUCAGACAGACGCCGCUGAGAAACACCAGUGUUCAGGGCUCCCACGCGGUUCCCUAAAGUCAGUCGCAUCAAACUAAAGGCCAUUAAACUCUUAAUUUGUACAAGAAAGUCUUAAUCAUGAUUUCAAGAGGUCUUAAAUUUGGGAACAGAAAGACUAGAAUAGUGAAAAGGCUGUGAAAACUUCAAAAGUCUUUAAUGUCUUUAAAUAAAUAUUAGUGCUGCUGCACACGCAGAGCUGUUACUGAACCGCUGGAUCGAUAAGAUGAUCAUACAUUAGAAGGUAUUGUGAGAUGUUUUCUGCUUGCAGUAUGAGGUUCGAGCGCAGCUGGAAAAUUUGCCUGCGUGUAACACUGUGUGUUGUGUGUCAGCAGUGUCCUACAGCCUGAGCAAGGUUCGGCCGGCCGUGCCAGACAUGACACAGCUGAGCAGCGGCGUCCACUCGGUGGCCGGGAGGUCAUGUCCUCCAUACAGGUCAGUCCUGCACCCAUUCAUCUGUGUGGACGAGCUCUGGACGCUGUGUUCACUCCCUGCAGGAUCACUACAGCACAUGAGUCUGAGAGCAUCAUUCACUCAGAGUAGCAGCUUGAGUUCUGACUGAAAGAGUCGUCGUUUGAUCACUAGGGGACAAACUGGUUUAUAUGAACAUUAAAGAGCUUUAUAUGAAGUGUAAUGUAGCAUUGUAUGUGUGAUGAUGAAGAUGAAGAAGAUGAGCGGCUGGUUUCACACACUACAACCCUGACAGUCGUUCUUCAUCCUACUGCCUCAUCUGUGUUUGUUCAUGGAGUCUGUGUUUCUCUUGUUCUGUCCUUUAUGAGUGUGAGGGGUCAUUAAACUGAUGCUGAUUGUGGUGAACUGUUUAACUCAAUAAAGAUCAGACUUGGUGAGAAAAUGAGCUGUGUGCUAUAAUCUGUCAUAAUGCAAGAAAACAAACUAAUGGAGAUCAUGAGAAUAGUUGUAAAUUUAAAUCUCAUAGAUAUUCUAAUGACAUAUAAAAAUUAAAAUCUCAGAGUUUGACUUAUUACCGAUUUUUGUUUACCAGAAACUAUAAUCGUUUCAAUAUAUUACUUAUCAUUCAUUUCUGAUACACAUAUAUAAAUAAUCCCCUGAAAACUGUUAAACCCCCAUCGAAAAGACACACGCAGCUGUGAUUGGUCAGUUCUGACCAGCGCUGAGAAAAGCAACAUGUGCAUGUGACAACGCUGCAUGUGCCGUUUCAAUAAAAACUAUUAGUAGCGAAACAGUUACACUUAAUAGACACUGAAAUUAUCAUAAACAUUAGAGUUAAACAUCAUAAUUAUUAUUUGGACUCGUCUAAACCCCGCCCACUCCGUUACGUCAGUCCGCGCGUCUGCUCUGAUUGGCUAUCGGCGAAACGACUGCGUGGCGGUUUCAGCCUCCGACGAGACGAGAGAAAAACUACAAAGUUUCCACAGAUGUGUUGUGUUUUCGAGUCUCUUGAUCUGUUCUUCUCAGUGUUUUCCUCGAGUCUGGUGAAUGAUGCAGGCGAGCGGCGCGAGGCAGCGACAGAAGAGUGUGAUGAAGCAGCCGAGCGGGGAGAAGAAGAGUGGCUCUGAGGAGAGAUCCUCCUCCCGCUUCAGUCCCGAUGUGAAGCUGUGCGUCGCUCUCGUGUGUCUCUCAGUGUCGCUUUUCAGCACAUGGCUGCACGUUCAGCAGGACGCCAAGCUCGCAGAAAUCAUCCUCAAACACGAGCGUUUGAGUGAGGAGAGCCGCAGCCUCCACGAGCUGCGAGAACACAUGGCUGGACUCUCGCGAGAGUGUGUGCUGUUGUCCGCUCCGGCCGUGUCUCAGAUGGAGGCUCUGGAGGUGGAGGUGGCUCGGCUGCAGGAGCGCUUCUCCAGUCUCGCGGGUCAGCGACAGCAGCUCCAGCUGAACCUGAGCGCUCUGGCUCAGGCCGUGGAGAGUGUGGAGCAGCAGGACUCCAGCGAGGUGACCUCCAGACUGGCCUCCAUCCGUACGGACGUGCGGCGCAUGGCUGGGCUGGAGGGAGAGGUGGAGCUGCUGCUCAACCAAACACAGGCUCUGGAGGAGAAGGUGGCCCAGACGGAGAAGCUGAUGGUCAGGCGCAUCGGUGAUCUACUGGCCGGCAGCAUCGACCGGGUCGCGGCUCUGAGGAGCUCAGCGGAGAAGAGCAGCCAGCGGCUGGAUCAGGUCAGCGCACUCGUUCACCAGCUCUCAGCCGCUCACCGUGACCUGUCCGAGCGCAUCCUGGCACUGGAGAGCGGACAGGCCAAGCUGCUGAAGACCGCCACCUUCGCCAGCGACCUCAAGCCCAAGGUCUUCUCCAUCAAACAAGACUUCGCCGUCAUCCAGCCCAAACUGGACGACCUGACCCUGAGGAUCGGCCUGCUGGCUGAAGACCUGAUGAGCCGAGAGGAGGAGCGGAGUCAGAGACAGGAGACCACAGCCUGAAACAGCCCAGUCGUGCUUCGACCGGGAAACUACUGCUGGAACACACUGACGUUUAGCCACAGAGCAACCGUACGCCUUUCAAGAGCACUGACGUGAACAUCAGCCUGAGAUCUGCUACGAUACUGACUAACAGACACGGUGCGUCAAACAAUAACCAUCUACAAAGCUUGGCACACUAUAACAGUUACCAGUCAAAGGUUUUGAAAUCACAGGAAUAAAUUACAUUUUCAAAUAUAAUAGUUUUUAAAUGGUAAAAAUAUUUCAAAAUGUUACUGUUUAUGCUGUAUUUUGGAUCAAAUAAAUGCAGACUUGGUGAGCAGAAGAGACUUCCUUAAAAACAUCACAAAUGUUGCUCUUCAGAAACUUGUGACUGGUCGUUUACUCAUCUUUGUGAGAGUGAAACAGGCUUUAGGAACCAGAUCUGACCAGGUUGAGUCUCGAGCUCAAGCCUGACCCUGUAUUCAAGCGAUCCUGACCAGUGAAUUGAUGUAAUGAAGAGGACGUGGAGGGAUCUGUGGAGGAGUGUAACACACAGGGAUCAUCUGAGCUCAAACGAUGGCCAGUUCACUUCUAACAGCUGGUGUCUGUCUCAGUGAUCUUCACAGAUGAAGCUCUCCUUCUGCAGGACAAGCAGCAGUGCAGUUCAUUACAUUCACAUCUGAACAUGUUCAGACAGGUCUGACCAGCACAAAGUGUCCAAGGCUUACAUUCACAUUAGUCAUGGCUUCUUACUUUAAAACCUAACAAAUGUUGACAUUUAAAACCUUUUUGUGAAAAAUGUGACUGCUGUUUUUCUUUGAAAUAAACGUUGAUAUUUGUAAUGUGAAGACAAUUUGAAUUAUUUCUAAAUACAGAAGUCAGCCUUUGAGAUGGAUCAAAAAAGUUCAUCAAACUUGUCCUGAGACGAGAAUGUGUUUUGGUUUUAGGACAAAUGUGAUGAGAGGUAGUAUCAUUUCUGUGGUCUGCUAACACAAACAUCAGUUUCAUAAGGUCAUUAGAGUUAGACGGGCAGUGUUCAUGUAUCACAGUAGUGCUCUCUCAUUCCUACAGUCGCUCAGACAGUCACUGCCUUUACAUGAUUCAGAUUCAGUUCACGUCUCUGUCAGUCAUGACACACCGAUGAUCGCUGAUCUCAGGGAUGUUUGCAUCCACGUCCUCCUCAGCUGCUCCUGAGAGAAUCACUGCUGUAUGUGACACUUAAGAAAAAGAUAUUCUGAAUUUACAUUGAUUUUAAUGUUUGAAUUAUUUUAAGUCAUCUUGAGACACUCUUUGAUGUUUGCGGAUAAAACAAAAAUGAUAUAGAAAAUGUUUUUAUAAAUGUAAUUAAAAUACAUAAAUGUGAGAAAUGCUCUCAUGUCAUGUCAUGAACUGAUUCUGAUUCCUGAUUCUCAGUAGUCCACUUCGAGGUGUGAAACAGUAUGUUUUUACUGAAGAUUAAUGUGUGAAGAUCAAGGAAAUUUAGAUUUUCAUUUUAUGACCAGCCUCUUUAAAAUGCAUAAAUGUUCAAAUUGUUCUCUUCAUGUUAUAUUAAUAUUCAUUUUGAUGUGUUUUUAGGUAUUUUAUUGGUCAUUUGACACAAUGGUUUAAAACUUUUAUUGAUGUGUUCAGGGGUUGUAUUUUGGAUAUGAUGAUGAGCAGUAAGAUCUGAUUAGUUUACACUGCUUUUCCUGCUCUACAAAUCAUACUUUUGCAGUGAUGUUUGGUCACGCAUGCAGCUUUUUCCUGGUUCUUCAGUGACAAGGGUGUAUUAAAAUCAUUCAAAUCAUAAAGCAUUCGUUGUUUUAGUUGAUUUUUAGCUGACCAAUGCUUGUUUUGUCUUCUAAGUCAUCUUGAAGUGGGCCCGAUUCAUUCAUUAAACAAUUAUAUUAAAAAUGUUUAUUUUAAUGUCAUUAAAAUAAAGGAAUGUGUGAAAGUUGA